AUGAUUCAAUUAAAGUCAGUAUUUUAUAAAUUUUCAAAUAUGCUUGGUCAUGUACAUAUUGUUUUAAGAGAUCUUCUUAGUAUUCGUGCAACAAAAAAAGUAUGGAAAAAUAUUCAAGAAAAGUUACAAUUAAAUGAUGAUUUUUUUAUAUAUAAUAAAGCUUAUCCAGAUGAAAAUACUUAUGAAUUUAUUGAUACAGCUGGUGAAGAAUUAGGUAUGACUCAUAAUGAAAUACUUGAAACAUUAGGUGAACAUUUUAUGGAAUAUGUUUGGAAAAAUGGAUGGAAAGAAUUAUUAAAUUCUAUUGCUUAUGAUGUUUUUGGUUUUUUAAAUGCUGUAACAAGUCUUCAUAUGUUUAUUGAUAGUUUAGCUUUUCAAAAUAAAGUUAAAGGUCCAUCAUUUUAUUGUGAAUCUAAUAAAGAUGGUACAAUAAAAAUGCAUUAUUAUUCAUUAAGACCAAAUUUAGAAUAUCUUGUUAAAGGAAUUAUUUGUAAAACAUCAACUUUAUUGUAUAAUAUUCCAUUACAUGUACAAUUAACUGAUAAAAGUCAUGAUAAAAAUCUUAAUCAUUGUAUUUUUAUUAUUCAACCAUUAGAAAAAAAUAAAAAAUUACAAAUAACAUAUAAUACUCCAGUAAAAACUUUAAGAAAUGAAAUAUUAUUAACUUUAAGAGAUUUUGUUAAAAUAUUUCCUACACAUGUUUGUUUUAAUAGAAAUAUGUUUAUAGAACAUUGUGGAAUAUUUUUAACUCAACAACUUCAUAUAUCACCAACAUCACCAACAAAAAUAAAUGAUAUCUUUCAAAUUGUUACACCAUUAAAUACAGGUUUAACUUUUAAAGGAAUAAUGUUACAUAUGAAUACAAUAUUUAUUCUUCAAUUUAAGAAACCAUUUCAUAGACAUAUAAUUGCAUCAUCAAAUUCUCAAACAAAAAAUCAACAACAUAUUUUUUUAAAAGAUACUGUUAAAUCAUUAUUAACAAAUCAAAUAUAUCUUAAUGAUUAUCCAUUAUAUGAUACACAAAGAAAUGUUAUACUUUUAAAUCAAUCAAGAGCAUGCCAACAAAUAUUAAAUACAAAAUUAAAACAGACAGUUAAUAAUUUAAAACAAAUAGCACAUGAAUUAGAAAAUGUUAAAAUAAAAACAGAUAAUAUUUUAUAUGAUACUAUUCCAACACAAAUUGCUACUUCAAUAAAAGAUAAAUUACCAAUUGAAGCAAAAGAAUUUACCGAAGCAUCUUGUUUAAUAUGUGAUAUACCAUAUUUUAAUAUUAUAAAUAAUAUAUGUUCACCAAAAGAGGUAAUAGGUUUAAUGACAGACAUUUUUAAUACAUAUGAAUCAUUAAUUUUAUUAUAUAAUUCUCAUAAGGUAGUCUCAUUUAUGGAUACAUAUUUUAUUGUAUGUGGUGUACCAGAUGAACAAGUGAAUCAUGCAGGAAAUAUAAUGAAUUUGGCACUAGGACUUUUAUGGCAGGUUAAACAAUUUUAUGUUCCUGUUAUUAAUUUACCAAUUCUUCUUAGAAUAUCUAUUCAUUCAGGACCUGUUGUUGCUGGAAUAAUUGGUUCUAAAAGAAUUAGAUAUUGUAUUUUAGGAAAUACUGUUAAUACAACAAAAACAUUAUUAAGUCAUUGUGAACCUGGAAAAAUAAUUGUUAGUAAUGCUGCAAAAUUAAGUGCUAUGAAAUAUAGUGAUGAUAAUUUUGAAUUUCAAAUAAAAGGUUAUAUACAGAUAUGUGAUAAAAAUGCAACAUGUACAUUUUAUUUAGAAAAAAAUUUAAAUAAAUCUAUUGAUGAAAUAACAAAUAUUGAAUCUAAUAAUUUAGAUAGUAAUAAAAUUCAUGAUGGUUAUUCUAGAUUAAAUUCUAUUGCUGAUAUAAAAGCAUGGCGAUCAGCUGAAAUUAAUUCUAAAAAACAAGAGUCAAUUGUUGAAACACUUAAACAAUUCCAAAUCUCAAAUACUUUGACAUCAUCUGCCAUCCAAAAAAUACAUGCAUUGAAAAAAACAUUGAAAGAGAAAGUUACAAAUAGUAAUAGUAGUAGUGCUAUAGAUUCUGAUGUUAUUACUACCUCUAUAAAUAAUGAAAAUACCUCAACAAAAGAAUCAAAAAUAUGUAAUAUCAUGUAA